AUCUUGCUCAUGUUGCGACGUAUAGCCUGCCAAUCGCGCGCUAUAGCAGUACCACGCUGUUCUAUAGUAACAUCCGCUACUUUCACUUCAGAAGCUGUACAGUCAACUACUGAGCCAUACUUGGACGCUGAAGAAGUAGUUCAGCCUAAUCGAUAUCUUUCUCUUUUUCCAUCCCCAAAGGUGGUUGUGCCAAGCUUUGAGCUAACAAGAAGAUUAGGUACAUUGAUCUCACAAGCUAUAUACUUAUUAUUUUUCGAGAAAACUUACAACAAGGAAGGGUUAGUUCGUGCCGCAAAUGAGGGCAUAUCUGUGAUAGGAGAAUGUAUAGCUAAUGAAGAAUGGAAUAGGAUGAGUUUCAUUGCAUCUAAAACAUUGGUGGAACAAGCGCAAAUGGCCAGGAAGAGGCCAAAUUCCUCAGUUCCAUGGGAAGCUACGCUCCCACAGCUGUUAGGUAAAUACAGGAAAGAUGUAAUAGUCGCUAAUGUUACCGAAUUUUUUGUGCUAGUAUAUUCACGAUCAUCGCACAAUCUGUACAGGUUUGCUCGAACCAUAAGCCCUCUCGGUCAGUGGAAAGCUACCGGAGUGAACUUUUUUGAACUCGAUGGUACACGGAUUUUGUUGUAUGCUGACAACAAAUGGUGCAUGGAUAAGUGGGCGGUUUGGUCGAGGAACAACAAUAAAAUCAUUCGUAGACGUGAUGGAUAA